CGGGGGGAGAUAGGAAGAUACCUGAAGCGAAAUAAUGAUUGAGGUGGGGAGGAUGCGAGAUGAAGAGGAGAGGGACGCCCAGGCGGAGAGGUCGAAGGAGGCCCGACAUGGAAAUUGAGGACAAUUUGGGGCAGAAUAAAAUGCUUCCAGGGGAGGGAUUUGCUCAAAGCCACAUGCAAACAACGGAGCCACAACGAACCCAAUUGCUCAUUUCCUAAUGUAACCGUAGGCUAGUCACUUAUCUCUGGGCCUGUUUCCUCAUCUGCAGAUACCUCUCUGGGCUGAAAGGAAAGCAUUUAAAAAAACUUUAAUAACAAAGUAAAAUUAAACACCUACUCUGUGCCAAGCAAAGAAAGACAAAAGCCUUCCCUGUCUUGCCUUCAAGAAGCUGUCUAAUGGGGGCAGAAGACACUGUAUAAAUGAGAUAUACAGAAUGAUUUGGAGAUAAUCAACAGAAGAAAGUCAUUAGCAUUAAUGGGGAUCAGCAAGGGCUUCUUGCAGGAAGAAUUUUGGUUGACACUUGAAGGAAAUCUGGAGGCUAAGGCUAAAAGGGAGAGAAUUCUAGGCAUGGAGAGACAACAGAGAAAAUUCCUGGAGUAGGAAGAUGGAGUGCCAUAUUUGAGGAACAGCAAGGCCAAUGUCAUUAAGUACUAAAGUAAGAGGAGUAAGAAGACUAGAAAGGCCAAAGUUAUGUCAGACAUGGAUUUAGUUGCAGAAAGAGAGAAGAUAACAAAACAAAUCAAGAAUCUGGAAAAGAUUUUGGAUCCUAACAUUGCAACAAUUGAAGUGGUUGUCUCUGAUUCGAAUCUUGAUUCUACUUCAGAAGCAGAUUCCCUGGAAGAUGACGAUUGGGAUGAACACAUUCCUAUGGAGGAAGAAAGUUGGGGAGAAAGCGAUGAAGAUGACUCAAAGGACCAAGCCCUUCCCAAAGACCCAGAGACCUGUUUACAGUUGAACAUGGUAUAUCAAGAAGUCCUUCAGGAGAAGAUAGCAGAAAUUGACUUGCUGCUGGCUCAGAAUAAAGAGCAACAGGAAGAAGUCAUGUGGGAUCUGGCUGGUUCCAAAGCCUCAAAGACAAAAGAUGGAAAGAGCCUCCCUUCAAAUGUGUUUGUGGGUCAUUUUAUGAAGCCAUACUUCAAGGAUAAGGUCACAGGAAUUGGACCUCCAGCCAAUGAAGAUACCCGGGAAAAGGCUACACAGGGCAUCAAGUCUUUUGAAGAACUGAUUGUGACCAAAUGGAAAACUUGGGAAAAGACUUUACUUAGGAAGUCGGUGAUAAGUGACCAUCUGCAGCGAUUACUUCAACCCAAGUUAUUAAAGCUUGAAUACUUAAAUCAAAAACUUGACAAAGUCAGUGACUCAGUGGAGAAGCAGAUUUUGGAGAAGCAAAUUAAAAACACUGAGAAGGAAAUUGAGGAUAUCAAUCAGCUACCGGAAGAGUCUUUAUUGGGGGACAGACUGGAUGAAAGGGAUUGGGAGAAGAUCUCCAACAUUAAUUUUGAAGGCAGCCGAAGUGCUGAUGAGAUUCGGAAAUUUUGGCAGAAUUGUGAGCACCCAAGCAUCAACAAGCAAGCAUGGGUUGAGGAAGAGACCAAGCGCCUGAAAGAGAUUGCCGCAAAGCACAAUUAUUUGGAGUGGCAGAAAAUCGCAGCAGAGCUGGGAACCAACCGAAGUGCCUUCCAGUGUCUACAAAUGUACCAGCAGUAUAACAAAGACUUGAAGCGGAAGGAAUGGACAAAAGAAGAAGACCAUAUGCUCACACAAUUAGUUGAGGAAAUGAGAGUUGGAAACCAUAUCCCUUAUCGUAAAAUUGUCUACUACAUGGAGGGUAGAGAUUCAAUGCAGUUGAUCUAUCGUUGGACCAAGAGCCUAAAUCCCAAUUUGAAAAAAGGAUUCUGGACACCAGAAGAAGAUGCUAAAUUACUCCAAGCUGUUGCCAAAUAUGGAGAACGUGAUUGGUUUAAAAUUCGGGAAGAGGUGCCAGGUAGGAGUGAUGCCCAGUGUCGAGAUCGAUAUCUAAGAAGAUUACAUUUCAGCUUAAAGAAAGGGAGGUGGAAUGCAAAGGAAGAAGAAAAAUUAAUUGAAUUAAUAGAAAAAUAUGGUGCUGGUCACUGGGCAAAGAUAGCCUCUGAAUUGCCUCAUCGGACAGGCUCCCAAUGUUUGAGCAAAUGGAAAGCCUUGAUUAGGAAAAAGAAAAGGCCCCGAAAACGUCAGAAGUCUCGGAAGAAAUGCAGCUCUUGUUCCUCCAGUAGCAGUAGCAGCAGCAGCAGUGAGGAUGCUCAGCUGGAGUGGCACAAUGACCUGGAGAAAGAGAAAGAUGCUGAAGGAGCACUAGAUGAACACCAGUACACAGUGCCCAGCAUAGACUUGUGGAUGCCUACCAGACACAGUCAUUCUGAGCCAUGCAAAGAUCCAGGAUGGUGCUAUUCCAGGCCCUCCACUAUUUCCCCUUGCCUUUCCAAAGCAUCAGGGCCUUCCAAAGAUGGCAGCCAGGCAAUUCCAAGUGUAGCAGUGGCAAAAAGAAGGGACUUUAGCCAAGACAAAGACAUUUUGACCCCCACUAUGGACAUGGAGUGCACAACACUUUCAGCUGACAUUGGUCUGGAGAAGCCACAGGAAGAAUUAGAAGAGCAGGCCUCCAAAACUGGGAAGCGUAUCUUAAAAGUUCCCCUGAAUGAUGUGAAAAAGGUGAUAAGGAUCAAUACCUGUCUAGAAUACCAGAAACUAAAAGAGAGGCUAAAGAAGACCCAUCUAUUCACCUCAUCUCUGGCAUCCAAAAUUGACAAUGGAAUGGCUAUAGAGAAAGUGGUACAGGUGUGGCACAAAACUUUUCUGAAUAGACAGCGGCAACAGAAGGUUGGCAUACAGAGGAAGAGACUGGACCGCAAGCUCUUAAUGGCCGUGACUCCUUGGGUGGGUGAUAUCGUCAUCCCUUGUUGGAGUUCCAGGAAGGCUGUAACAGUGCAGACUCGAGCAGAAGCCAUCAUGACAAAGUUGCAGACUAUCCAUCUGACAAGUACACCUGUGUUUACAUUGUUUAUUCAGCUGUUGCAGAUUGAUACUGAUGGCUGCAUGAAGGUGAUUGGAGAGAGGAAGACCAAGCAGUCAGAGCUGCUCUGGGCUAUUACUGGAAAUCCACAGCGACCUCAGCAGGCAUCCUCCAGUUUACAGAAAACUUCAGGCUGUCUGAUGAUGAAGGGAGUGAGCAAAGAAACACAGAAGAAAUCUAUCUCUAAGAUGAAAGAUUUGCCAGAGUCUACCCAGCCUGGGCCAACAGUGUUACCAACUUCUUUCGGUCCCAUAUCAAAGCCCAAGACUGUCUCAGAACUUCUGAGGGAGAAGAGGCUAAGGGAAUCCAGAGCCAGAAAGGCCUUGGAGAGCACAGUGAUCCUUGCCCCUCAGGUGCUGAUCACCCCACCUGUGAUCCUUCAGCAAUCUCUACAACCACUUAUCCCUUCUACUCUUGCUAUGACCCAGCCACUGGGAUCAGGGUCAGCUGGGAAACCAGUUGCUGUGGCUUCAAGCCCAGUAGCCACAUUUCAAACACCUUCCCCCAUCAUAGCUUCCACCAAAUCCCCUGAGAAAAGUUCUAAUACAAAUAACUCUGGCUCCUCCCAGGGAAAUGAGGUAAUUGCUAAAGAGAAAGUAAAUGAAACAGAGGGUACCUCUGCUCCCCAGGUUGGGGCCCUCAUCUCAGGUCAGUCCUCAUCAAUGAGGUCUGAAGGACACUCUGUUCCUAGUGAGAGCCCAGUCCCUGCAAUAGCAGCUAAUCCAGUCCCAGGAAUAAGCCAAAUUUCUACCAGCUCAGGGCCAGCUAACCUCCUGUCUUCCCAAGCCACUACUGCCUCAAAGAAACAGGAAUUGCCCAAUGCUCCUGUUCUAGCUCCAUCUCAAGUCUCUAUGCAACAGCCCAAGCCCAUCAGCCUGGUGCCUGCCCUUUCAGUUCCUACCUGUGGUCCACAGGUUAUCUCCAGCAACAUGUUUCCUAUCACUUGGGUAGUUACUACACAAGGGCUUGUCCCUAUGUCCAUGUCAACCUUUGUUGGCCUUCCUGGACCAGGCAAGCCAGCUGGAACCCCUGUGCUUCCCAUUGUUGGGGGAGUAGCCAGAAAUCAGUCUACCCUGAAGCUAUUGCCUUCAUCAAUAGUUAAGCAGAGCUUUAGGGCCCCUCAACCAAGCCCCACUUUAGCCAAAAGACCACUUAUUGCCAGUAAAACUCUUACAGGAGAAUUGCCCUCAGGCAUAGCUGGACCAAAUCUUCCAAUACAGCUUCCCACCACAGCUUCAUUAAAUACAGGAAAUCACUCAGGAAAAAAUAGUCUUCCUGAAGAUCAACCUUCUUCCAGAGAAGUGAAGACAGCUAGAGAGAUGUCAGCACCCCUUUCCCAGCCUGAGACACAGCCCCAGACCAAAAGUCCCACAAACCAACCAAGGACAGAGCCUGAUGGCUGCGAUUGUGCACCCACCCCAGAGGUAGAAAACCCAACUGGAGUGACUAUAGGAGGCCCAGAUCCCAUGCAGAAAAGCCUUUUACUGGAGACAAAAGACCAUCUUCCUGCUCAAAAUGGUAAUCCUGGAAAAUCAUUUCCCAUUUCAACAGAGAUACCUAAGCCCAUUACCCAGCAACAAGAAGGGUUGGCUGCCCAAGACAGUCAACCUAAAGCCAUGGAGCCUGGGAAAAGUAUUCUGGACCUGAAUCUCCUCUCAUUAGAGAAUGAGGCUUCCAUACGGGAGUGGCUUAAAGGAAAGCAAGGUGUCUGCUUGCCCCCACUUCAGAGUACCCUACCCUAUCUGCCUCCCUUUCUGUGUAAUCUGAAGACCCUUUCAGGGCUUCUGCUCCAAAAGAAAUCUCUGGAGCAGAAAGCAGUUACCAUAGUGGCACAGGGAAGUAUCCAAGACAAGAAUGAUGUAUCCAGAGAAGAUGUACAAUCAGCUCGGCAUCUGGUGCAACAGCAGCUUAAGGAGAACCCUGCAUAUCUCCUUCUGAAAGCCAGAUUUUUGGCAGCUUUUGCCCUCCCAGCUUUUCUUGCCACUCUUCCCCCACCUAGGGUUCCAACUACCCUUUCACAGAUCUUGGACAGAAACAGUGGGAGUGAGGAGGAAAAGGAGGAAGAGGAAUACUCUCAGUCAAAGACAAGACCCAAGGACAGGGAUUGUGGUGAAAAGGAACAGUUAGUGAGCACAGCUGGAGAUACCCAAUCCACCCCAGAGACUGUGGCUUCUAUCCAGGUUUCUCCCCAUCCUGACCCACAUGCCAUGUCCAGUGCCCUUGAUGCUGCUGAUUUCAAUGUGCUGAAGACUAGAAAUGCUAUACAUGCCAGGAAGCGGAGGAGGGUAUGAGAAGGGGCAGGGCUGGAGAUUGCUUGUGUUCUACAUAUCAACAGUUGGAUGGAAGCAUUUUGGCAAUCCUUGGCAGCCCCUGCUUGUUCUUCUAUUGCAGGAUACCUAGCCAUGAAAACUGCCUUUGGAGCUGAGAAAAUCUUAAACUUGCUUAAAACCUACUGACUGUGCAAAAAUUAAGAAAAGGAAAAAAUCCAAGAAACCAUGAAGGAUCAGAAGGCCUUUUCCUCAAGAAGGUUUCCUCUGUACAAACAGUAUUGAGUCAACAUUUCUCACAUAGCUCCUCACUGAAGACCAGUUAUCACACUAAUCACCCUGGAUUAUCAUUCAUACUGUAAACCCUGGAAAUUGGACUCUUCUACAAAAGGCUCAUGCCACUGCUCUGUUGCACUAGCACACAGGAAGGCCAGGAGCCCCAGCAGGGCUGUGGGCUAGGAAGGAGGAAGAAGAGAGAAAUGGAAGAUUAUUUAUUUUUGCUGUCAAAGCUCUAUUUUGUGUGAACACUUGGUGUUGGAUCAGAAGAGAUGACUGGGAUUCUCAGUUCUUCCAUCUUCAUUGAUGUUGGUAAUGGUCCUUUGGCUGCUUUGAAGUGAUAACACUUCUUUAACUGGAGGGGUUAUUUUUUUAUGCAAAUAACAAGUCUGAAUGUUUGGAGGGAAAGAUAUAAGUAUUUAUAUAUAUGUGUGCGUGUAUGUGUGUGCAUAGAUGCUAGAUGUUCUAUUUUCUCAUUAAAAACCAAAAAAUUA